AUGCCUGGCUCACCUACCAGAGAGUUCCUGCGUCAAUUGACCAGCGCAGACGCCCUCCUCGAGCUGGACGCCAGACUGCAGGUCUGGAAAGAUGAAGAUCCUUCCAACGAGGAGCCCAAAUUUCCUNCCCCGCCUGACACCCUACUACAACAAUCGAAUGUCCCAAGAAGUGACUUCGACUGGGGUCGUUAUGCUGACUCCNUUGAACGCUCUCGGCGACGGCGCCUCGAAACUCAGCUAGAACCGACUUCCUCUGUACGAGACUACCAGGCAUCAAUCAUCGAGCAUCAGGCUGCUCUAAGAGACAACGAUCCACACUCGCGGGAGAGCGUCCUCGCACGAGAGCGUCUCGAAGACCAACGAUAUAAUGCCAUCGCGGAAAACAUACGCCUUACCCACUCCUCACGCCAUCGUUUGGUAGCAUCGUUAGACCGCAUCCCAGACAGGGACACCGCCUUCAUAAGGGACCGCUUCGAGAACGAGAAAGAUGAUGCCGAAUAUGAACGCUUAAGGCAAGCACGCAUCGAGCGUGAGGGUACAGGGUUGCCAUCUCAUAUUGGGGAGCAACGUUAUGUUAUUCCAGACGCGGUCGACAGUUAUAUCGCUGACCCGCCAUUGCCUGCGUUACAGAAGGGCAAGGAAACAAAAACAAUGGACGACAUGUCCUUCCUUGCUCUGCAUGCCGAGGGUGGCGAUGCCACUCUGACAAUAAAAGAUCCGUACACACAAAAGACCACAGUGCUCAAGGACAUGAAUCUCACAACGAUAGAACUGAUAGCACCAGUCUUAGCUUUCAGCUUCGAGGAGUCCAGGAACGGACCAAAGUACUCGAUUCAAGAUGUAUCGUUGACAGCGGUAUUGUGCAUGCUCCGACACAUCUACACGAUGGAACACUACGUACCAGGCGAUUGUGUUCAUGACCAGAUGUCUGCACUGCUACACAUUGAGAUCUUUCAUCUAGCCUCCACCUACGACAUCAGCAGUCUAAAGACAAUGGUCAAAGCACGAAUAUUCCUAGAAUUGGAACUCUCAACCAGCUACCCAGGCCCACCAAAAGACUUGUGCAAAGCACUGGCAUACGCAUACGAGCACCUGCCAAACGAAAAUGACAUUACCAAAACGCUGGCACACUACUGCAUCACUUGCUUCCUGCAACACCGACUCAACGAAGAUGAACUGUUUACGACUUUUCAUUACAAUUGUCGUCCCUUCCAGCGCGACCUGUGUGUCAUUCUACGCGAAAACGGCUUCGAGGACGAGUGCGCCCCUACUCUGAUACAACUCCCCGUCAAGACUUCCGACAUCCCCACACGCUGGCCCGCCGUCGUUGAUGCAGACCCGCAGGGCAGCUUCUUGGAAGACGAGUUUGACAAUGAAGUCAAGCGCCGCACCAACAUUUCCCAGCUGGACAAGUUGAGGAUUCACUUCCGCAUUGCGCUACCAUUGAGAUGA